AUGAUCCACGGAAUAAUAUCAGUGUUGAUUGUUUUCUGUAUUUUUAUUCUCUACGGAGAAGCAAGAAAAUGGUUCAUCAAAAGGAAAUUGCGUAAUUUCCCCUCACCGCAGCAAGUACCAAUUAUCGGAGCGGCUGUUCGUUUUUUUGGGAAAUCAAAUGAUGAAAUUAUAAAAAUAGUUUUUGAUACGUUUGAUGAAUUGAAAACGACACCAUUUCAACUUUGGUUGGGUCCAAUUUUAGUGAUCGGCAUCUCACAACCGGAGGACAUUCAAACUAUUCUAACAAGCAGUGAAUGUCUGAAUAAGCCAUAUUUCUAUGAUCAUUUUAAGUGCAAAACUUCAAUCAUUGCCACGGACAGAGAAAUUUGGAGGCCACACCGUCGCGCCUUAAACACGUCAUUUAAUGUAAAAAUGCUGCAGCAAUAUGCGCCAUUUUUGAAUGAUAAAUCUCGAAUUUUACUCAAGAAAAUGGAACCAUUUCUAGUGGAACCCGGAGAUUUAUAUCGCACUAUAUUCAUUUGCAUGAUAGACAUGAUUACACGAACAACGAUGGGAACUGAGAUGGAUUUGCAAUCAGAAAGAGGCGCAUCAUUAUACAAAAUUAUCAAGCUGGUCAUGAAUAACAUUCAGUACCGAGUUAUAAGAUUUUGGUUACGGUGGGACUGGAUUUACAACAACUUUUCGCAAGUGGGUCGUGAUGAACGAAUUCAUGUAAAAAAUGGCAAUAUGCUUUUCGAUGAAAUAUAUGACACCAAAUUAAACGAACUUGAAUUAUUAAAAUCUCAAGAUUUCGAUUAUUUGGAAGAAGUCAAAGUGAAAAAUGCAACCAAUCUACUCGAAAGGUGUAUGAUUUUAGAACAAAGUGGAGUUUUUACCCAUGAGAAUGUUCUAGAUCAAAUGCGAGUGAUCAUUCUCGCAGGAAUCGAUACUUCGUCCAUCACUAUUUUCAGUGCGCUACUAAUGUUGGCCAUCAAUCAAAAGCAUCAAGACGCCGUAUUGGAGGAGCUACGAUCAGUUAUUGAAACGGCCGAUUGUGAUGUAACUCCAACUCAUUUGACAAGCAUGCCGUAUUUAGAUCGUGUUCUCAAGGAAUCGAUGCGUUUACUAUCACCAGUGCCUUUUAUUGGACGGAAACCCUCCACUGAUAUCAAACUAAGCAAAGGUUGCAUCCCGCAGGGCUCGAUGGUUGUGAUAAAUAUUAUGCAUUUACAUCGAAAUCCAAAAAUUUGGGGUGAAAAUGUUCUCGAAUUUAAUCCUGAUAGAUUUUUACCGGAAAAUGUCGCCAAACGUCCACCGUUCAGCUACAUACCAUUUUCGGCCGGGAGCAGGAACUGCAUUGGUAUGAAAUACGCUAUGAUGUCGGCCAAAAUUACACUGGCUCAUCUAUUGCGACGCUAUAAAUUUACCACGGACCUGAAGUUUGAGGAUAUCCGAGUAAAAACACACCUUGUACUCGAAGUGAUCAAUGAAAGAGCACUUCGGAUUGAAGAACGGAACUCUUAAAGCUUCGUUCAUCCAGAAAAAAUUCUAAUAAUCCGUACACCGAUUGUAACGGAAUGACAGCUACUACAGCGCCGCCCAUUGAAGAUAUACUUCUUAGCUGCAUUAUAUCUUUUUUGAAAUAUUUCAACUUUGACGUGUACACUUGAUAGACGUUCAUACAUUUCACACGAAUUGCCGUGUGAAUCCAUCUAUGUUUAAUAUUACUGUGUUGAUUUUUAUCAGAGUUUGACUCAGGCGCCAGAUAUAUGUAUUGGCAUAGAAAAAAUAUGCGGAUAAUAUUUCAGUAUAUAACGGCACCCAGCUGCACCGUGUAUCAGCACACUGAACGUAGUAGUAUAGGACGGUUUGUUUAUAAAGAAAAAAAUUGUUAAUAAACAAAAAACUUCCAGAAGUGUACAGCGCAACGCCUUAACAUUGUAUGAAAAUUAGCGAAUAUUCAACAAAUCAGACAGUUUAUGCUCCAAAAAACAUACCCAUUGUUAAAAUACGAAGUCAAUGGUAGGAAUCAUUUGUGUGGCGUUGCAAGACCAAUCCAUAGCCAUCGAUAUGAGGCCAAACUUUGCUACCAUUGGGUACAUAGUGGCUCUUUGGUGAGGUCUCGAUAAGAAUUUUCUACCAAAAUGCUCAAAUUGACCAUACAAUGAACCAGUAUUAUUGAAAAAAUGGGAACAGUCAUACCAUCCCAACCGCGAUUCCACACUUAGCUUCUAAAUGUGACACCGUAGUAAGUGUGGGCAUACGUUUUGCGAAUAAGCGACAAAGAGAAUGGAAACAAGUGCGCGUGUGGUAGUGAGAAGCCUGAUGCGAUGCUUCUCAAUGUAGCGACUAAUA